GAGCAGUGAACUGUGAUUGUCGAAGAGUGUUGUAAGAACUGCUAGUCCGUACUAACGUCUAUUUUGUUCAGGAGCAACCGAUAUUCGGCGAGUUCAAUAUAGAGAGCUCGACCUAAAACAAGAUGGACUUAAGGAUUUUAGUAUUGAGUCUCUUAGCAAUAACUGUCUCGACGUAUGCGAAACGAGUUACCGAAGCCUAUCUCCAUCAUGGAAAAAUAAUAAGGAUUGUAAAAGAUGUUAAGAGUGGAGAUAUUGCCAAAAGAAGUGCUAAUCCCAGCAUGUGUGGUGGAGGAUGUCAACCAGCACAACCCCAAUGUUGCCCACCUCCUAUGCCCCCACCUAUGCCAGGACCUCCCGGUAUGAUGGGCCCUCCUGGAUGCCCGGGUACCCCAGGACAACCCGGUUGUAUGGGACCUCCAGGUCCUCCAGGAUGCAUGGGACCCCCAGGACAGCCAGGAUGUGCGGGACAACCUGCACCACCUGCAGCUUGCCCACCAAUUUGUGUGCAUCAUUGUAUGAAGAUCUGCCCACUGCCAUGUUGUCAACCACCACCACGUCAAUGCCCAUGCCCUGCCCCACCACCACCAAUGGGAUGUGCUCCUCCAUCAUGUAUGCCACCACCACCACCACCCCCAUCAGCUGGAUGCUGUGGAGGCGGUAUGGCACCACCAAUGGGAGGUAUGCCUCCUCCAAUGGGAGGUAUGCGCCCACCAAUGCCACCAAUGGGAGGUAUGCCUCCACCACAAGCUGGUGGUUGUUGCGGCGGUGGAGCACCACCAAUGAUGCCUCCACCAAUGCCACCCCCAGGCGGUGCUGGAUGCCCAUGCCCUCCACCCCCACCACCACCAGGAUGUGGUGGACAACCAUCAUGCAUGCCACCCAUGCCACCACCAUCACAGGCAUGUUGUGGAAAGUAAAUGUGUAAAUAAAACGAAAUGAACACGAAAGAGAAACAGUGUAAAAAUUUGAUGUUCCAGUUUCUUACAAAACAAACAAGUGAGCAUUGCCUUUGAUAAAAAGGAGUAACAUAAUAAAGGAGUAACAUAAACGCGUUCACCAGCGUUUAAACGCCCCAUUGUUAUUCAAAUCUGUAUUUAUUCUUUAACCCCAGAUUUAUCGGAACUGGUGUACUGAACUAAUAAUAUAGUUGGACUACUCUGUUCAAUAUUUUCUUACUGUAAACAAUAAAUAAAAUAGUAUAUUCCUAGA